UGCUUCAUCACUACUGUACUCCUCCUUUCGCACGACGCGUUCCAUUCAAGCUUCGCCUCGGCAUCCGUCGCACACCUUGGCAACAGUAUGCUGCUAGGCCUGCCACGCAGCACCAAAGCCGCCAUCUUCGUCACCCUCUCCUUCUCCUUCUUGCUCUUUCUGCAUCUCAUCGGCUCCUUCCCCGCUCUGCCAAUAAAAUGGAACACCGCACAACAUCCCACGCAAGUCCCCGCACAUGGCCAAGGGGAAGCGAGCAAUGCCGCCGACAAGGCUGAUUUGCUCUCCAUUUCGGAAAGCUUGCCCUGCCACGAACUGCAAGGUGGCGACGAUGUGCUCGUGGUCAUGCGCACGGGAGCCACCGAAAUCCAGGACAAGCUGCCCGCCCAUCUGAACACCACCUUCCUAUGCUACAAGAACCUCGUCAUCUUUUCCGACUACGAAGAGGACUUUCGAGGUUGGAAGGUGCAUGACGUCCUGGCCAAUGUCGACGACGACAUCAAGACCACCAACGAUGACUGGACUCACUAUCAGCGCAUUCUCAAACUUGGACGCUCGGGCCUGGAUAAGUCGGAGCUUUCGGGCAACAAUAGCUAUGAUAGCGGUCCGUUUGGCAAGAAUGAAAACGCUGGCUGGCGGCUCGAUAAGUGGAAGUUUUUGCCCAUGAUGAAUUCGACGUAUACCAUGUAUCCGCACUUGGACUGGUACGUCUUCGUGGAGCCCGACACGUACGUGGUUUGGAGUAACUUGAUUCAAUGGCUUGGCGAGCUCGAUCCAACCGAGCCGCUAUAUUUUGGCAGCGAGACUCAGAUUGGGAAUGACAUCUUUGCUCAUGGCGGUUCUGCAUUUGUCCUCUCGAGGCCAGCUCUUGAAAUAGGUGUUGAGUCGUACCGCACCCGGAAAUCAGAAUGGCACGAUUACACAGCUGGUCACUGGGCCGGCGACUGCAUCCUGGGCAAAGCUCUGCACGACAAUGGCGUUGAGCUGACCUGGUCGUGGCCCAUGUUUCAAGGAGGAAACCCUGCACUGAUGGACUGGAAAGAAUCGAAGCCUGAGCGAAAGCUUUGGUGUCUGCCUGCGCUAUCGUACCACCAUCUCAGUCCAGACGAACUCCGAGAAUUGUUUCAAUUCGAGCAGGAUUGGAUUCGCGAAAAGCACCUCGGCACUUCUGGUCAUCCUUUCUUCGGAGACAGCGGUGACAGCCCGAUAUUGCACCAUCGCGAUGUUUUCAAGCAAUUCGUCUUGCCGAAUUUCUCAUCCACACGCGAAUACUGGAACAACACUGCAGAAGAACACCUUCCGGAAACAGAAGGCACACACAGAACACUGGGCCAUUGCAAAACCCUUUGUGAAGCGGAUUCGACUUGUCUUCAGUACGCGCUUGGUCCGGAUGGCUGCUUCAUUGGUCAUGAACCUCGUCUAGGCCGUUCACAUGCAGGGUCAGAGUCUGGGUGGAUGCACGCUAGGAUUAAGGACUGGGCGAAGGAUUUGGACCACUGCGGUGAAUCUCAAGGCUGGUCCGUGAGCUGAACAUACGCACAAAGACCUUGGCAGCUCAGACAAGCUCCAACACCUGAGACGCUUGACAUCUACGUGCACAGAUGAGCAACGUCGCACGGCUUCAUGCGCUCAGCUCCUGCGGUGCUCUGCAUCAAGAUUGGCCGGCGGGGCUUGCUAUGUGCAUCAUCGCUGCUGUGCUACCCAUAUGGCAAUGCCCUACACACCCUUCCAGAUUCCUGCGAUCGAUGAUCCCACCGGGCUGCCUUCGAGGCGAUUCGACAGACGGUGCGAGUUGGAAGGAUAAUGAAGACGAUUGCGGACGGCAACAUAAACAUAGAUCAUGAUUUUAGAGGGCAAUGAGGAGAUCCAAGGCACAGCGUACUCGCAUUUGGACCGUAUUCAACGGAAGAAUGGAUCGGUCUGAAGUGGACAGGGCUGAUAUCGACGCAAUGCUUCCGCAUACGACCCAUAGACUACGCUGCCAAAUGCUCAUUGCGGCUUGCAGCGUCCCGCCGAAUUCGAAGAGGCGUAUCGUGUAAGAUUAUGGGUGAAGAGAGGACAGAAGAGCCAGCAAACUAGACCGGCGGCCGGUCUGAGACUUGCGCAUAUACAAGACGCCCAGCCUUCUUUCAUGCAUAAUGUGCUGCAUAAGCUAGCGCGGUGGCUUUGUCCCAUCGAACCGCACCCGCCCACUUGGGGCACAGCCUGCCGAGGGCUGAGCCGGAGCUGAGCGAUGCGGACUCAGAAUGACUCAUACUCUCUCAUUGUCCCUCAUUCCACGUCUAUUCAUAAGACGAAUGAUGCCUUAGCAGGUACACGUCUUUCUCCUCACACCAAGACCCGGGACAUCGAAUCCCAUCUCCCAGACCCAAAAACACACCUCUCGCGCGGCGUCGGCGUUACAGACGCCGUCACCUUUCCAUCUCAUCAUGGUCGGCGCAGGAGCAAGUGCCGGCUGUAGCAAGCAGCUGCGGUGCCGAUUCAACGUGGAAUCUCGAGCUCGACGAUACUUACUUUGAUUGGGACGCUUUUACGACGUUGACGACAUCGCAACAUUUGGAUUUUCAGACGAAUACGGAUGCUGAUAUGCCAUUGACUGCUGUAAUGGAACCUACGACUUUCCAAAAUCUUAUUAUGGAUGGGAGUGGAGAUUUUUAUGAUCCUUACACUACUACAUCAACGGCGCUGUCUGCUACCAACCCUCGUCCUCCUUCUUCUUCCGAUCCCUCCACACAACAAUCUCCCAACGACGACGACGACUUCAUCCUCUUCCCAUCUCCACCCCACAAUCACACCACAUCCUCCUCCUCCUGCGAUCACUCUCCCCCCAACGCCAAGUCUUCUUCCAACCCCCACCUUUCCCCAUCCUCCUCAUCAAAUACAGGAGCAUCUUCGAACAAAAUCUCUAAACGUCGAAAAAACACCGAGGCCGCGAGACGGUAUCGACAACGGAAAGUCGAUCGUGUUACGGAAUUGGAGGAGGCGCUUGCUGCUGUGCAGAAGGAGAGGGAUGAGUUGAAGUUUAGGCUUGUGAGGUGUGAGGCUGAGGUUGAGGUUUUGAGACGGGUGGGGAUGGGGAAGUGAGGAAAUAAGAAGGGAUGGGAUAGGUUGGGGGGGGGGGGGGUGGUGAGGUGGAAAAUUUAGGGGGGUUUCGAUUUCUUUGUAUGUGUGUGAUGAGAAAUUCAUAUGUAAAUCCCGCCUCUUCAUUUCUCCUAGAACGCAUGUAAUACGGAAGGCUAUCUAACCUGCACGCUCAACAGCUACAUGUCCAGCUACCUAGCUAUGCUAUAUCAAUCAAUACUGAACGAACGUCUCG